GAAAACAUUCGCAUCGUGUUGCCCGUCGUGAUAGGUUCCAGUCCGUGUCCGUGUAAGCAUAAGGUUAAAUACCAAAAAGUGACCAUUUUCGGAUAGUGCGUUACUGUAACUGUGCAAGGACGCAAAUAAUAGUUUUAAUUAUUGUUGUUUUCUUUUAUCAACGUCUGACACAGUUUUUUUGGACCAUAGGAUCGGCAAAACUCAGUGAAAGCGGUUACAGAACUGAGUGAGAUAAGCAAGCUGAAGCAAAUAGAGAUAAAAUAACGGAACUGUUGCAAUUUAAACUAAGGCACGAUGGAUCCCAGUAUUCUAGCAACCAUGGACCGUGACGCACUGAAAAAGCAGAUCGAAAACAUGAAGUACCAGGCCUCGAUGGAGCGGUGGCCAUUGUCGAAGAGUAUCGCAGCCAUGCGAGAAUACGUGGAGGAGAACGAAAAGAACGAUCCACUGAUUCACGCACCGGACAAGAAGAAUAAUCCUUGGGCUGAGAAGGGCAAAUGUGUCAUCAUGUAAAUAGCGUCCUAUCUUCUACCGAUACUUCUACUACUACUACUACUACUACUACUACUACCACCACUACCACUACUACUACUACUAGAACUACUUCUACACCCAAAAUCCAACUACUAUUUUCUACAACUUUCUACCAUUACAACAAAUGUACCAUAAGGGAGACAACAGAGCCUUUGCUUCGAACCGAUACUAUCAAACCGGUGCCAUUUUAUUAACACAUUUUGGUGCGAUCCAUUCUAAAUCCAACUAUACAAUCGGCUGCUGCAACUAUCAUGCCUCAAGCGGAGCACACGGUGAUCGGUGCUAAAAAACUUCCGUUUCCUCUACUCUUUCUGUUCGUUCAACAGUUGUACCGGGAGCUUAUUUCAAUAUUAAUAUUGUUUACACGAUUUUUGUGCGGUCUAUACAGUGACCAACCUGAAGUAAAACAGGAACCAAUUUAACCAAUUGCGAAAAUCAAUCAAAACAAGCAGUUGACCUGCAUGAUAUUAAGCAAUCUCACAGUUGUAGUUUGGUCAUUUAAUUGGUUCUUUUUGUGUUGUUUUUAUUUAAAUUUCUGUUUUCUAUAUUAUUUAUAAGCUACACAGUUAUUGUUAUUGCAAAAUGGUUCUUUUAAUAAUAGUUAGAAGAGACUGUAUCGUAACGAAAAAUCCUUAAUCAAGAUCCUUAGUGAGCUGAAAGAGUAGAAAACAGAAGAAGGAAAAUUGAAACCAACUGGCUAUCAAUGUUCGCAGCAGGGCUAAACGUUCUAUCUUGCUUUGUAUCUCAUUGCGGUCUGUCCAUUAGCUUUAAGUUUUAAGCGGAUCGGUGUGUUUUAGUUUAUUUUUGGUUGUUUUGUCCGUUCAGCGAAUUCAUUAUGUUAGGGGCAGUAGCGGUAAACAAAAGCGAAUGUUUGUAAUCUCUUCGGUGUAAGAACGCCAAAAACUGCCGAAAACCCGACACGUCAAGCAGCGAAACUGUGAACCAAAAUUUGAAUGAAGAAUUAAAGAGAACAAUUAGCUUAUAUGGGGCUGAUUGGAAAAACCAACUUACCACGUCCAUGCUGUCUCUGUCAUUGUGCAUACUUUCGUCUGGAUGUUGUUUUGUUUAUCUUUUCGUUAUCGACACACAUGCAUAAUAAGUGGGAAAAUAAUUUGCACAUACAGACUAAAACAAAAGAUACAGCAUACGAAAUAGCUGGGUGUAAACAUUGCAUGGGAAAAGAGUUUUGUAAAUUUGUCAUAAAAUAACAAACACAUCACCCCACGUCUAGUUCAUACAGAGUGGAUCGAGCUGUGCGUCCGAUUAUUUUUUACGUUUACUGGAAUAAAUCAAACACUGUGCAUGUCCAAUAGUGUCGCUGUGUGCCGUCCUUUCUA